AUGAGCCGCCAGCUGCACCUCUACCCCGGCAGGGAGCGCCUGGCCUUCAGCGGCGUCAUUCCGGGCCGGGUCAGCAGCUCCGCCUCGUUCCGAGCCGGCGUCAAGGGCGCGGCCGCCUUCGGCAGCAGGGGCCUCUUCAACCCCGGGGGCGGCCGGCGCCUGGCCCUGGGCAGCGGUCGGGCGGGCUCCGUGCUGGGUCCCUGCUCGGUCACCGGCGGCGGCCGCCUGGGCGGCUUCGUGGGCACCGUCUUCGGCAGCGCCGGGCUGGGGCCCGCGUGUCUGUCCGUGUGCCCGCCCGGCGGCAUCCCUCAGGUCGCCGUCAGUAAGAGCCUCCUGGCCCCCCUCAACGUGGAGCUGGACCUCGACAUCCAGAAGGUGCGCGCCCAGGAGCGGGAGCAGAUCAAGGUGCUGAACAAGUUCACCUCCUUCAUCGACAAGGUGCGGAUCCUGGAGCAGCAGAACCAGGUGCUGGGGACCAAGUGGGAGCUCCUGCAGCAGCUGGACCCGAACAACUGCAAGAACAGCCUGGAGCCCAUCCUCGAGGGCUGCACCAGCAACCUGUGCAAGCAGCUGGAGACGCUGUCUGGGGACCGGCUGAGUCUGGACUUGGGGCUGAGGAACGUGCAGGAUUUGGUGGAGGACUACAAAAAGAGGUACGAGGUGGAGAUUAACAGACGCCCAGCUGCUGAGAAUGAGUUUGUGGUGCUCAAGAAGGGUGUGAACGCUGCCUGCAUGAACAAGGUCGAGCUCCAGGCCAAGGUGGACUCCUUGACAGAUGAUAUCAAGUCCUUCAAGUGCCUCUAUGAAGGGGAGAUCCCUCAGGUCCAGUCCCACAUCAGUGACGUGUCCGUCAUCCUGUCCAUAGACAGCAACCGGGACCUGGACACGGACAGCAUCAUCACCCAGGUCUGCGCCCAGGACGAGCUCAUCGCCCUGGAGAGCAAGGGCGAGGCCGAGGCGCUGUACCAGACCAAGCUGAGCUGAAUCCAGGAGCUGCAGGUCACAGCGGACCAGCAUGGGGAUGACCUCAAACUCACCAAGGCUGAGAUCUCCCAUCUCAACCGAUGGAUCCAGAGAAUCCGAUUGGAGAUAGGGAACGUAGAGAAGCAGGUGGCAUUAAAUCCAUUUGCCCCUCGGUGCUCCAACCUGGAGAUGGCCAUUGCCAACGCUGAGCAGUGGGGUGACUGGGCCCUGAAGGACGCCCAGGCCAAGCUGGAUGAGCUGGAGGCCGCCCUGCUCCAGUCCAAGCAGGAGCUGGCCCGGAUGCUGCGAGAGUACCAGGAGCUGGCCCUGAUGAGCACAAAGCUGGCCCUGGACGUGGAGAUUGCCACCUACUGCCAGCUGCUGGAGGGCGAGGAGUGCAGGAUGUCUGGUGAAUAUCCAAAUUCCGUGAGCAUCGCCGUCAUCAGCAACACCAGCUCUGGGGCAGGAGGGGCUGGCUUCAGCGUGGGCUUUGGCACCUCGAGCAGUUGCAGCUGCAAACCCUCGGCGGUGGAUGUCAAAACCAAAGGCAGCUGUGGCAGUGAGUUCAAGGAUCCCCCUGCCAGAACCUCAGGCAGCAGAUGUGCAACCAAAAAGGCCUUGAGAUGA